CAGCAGCAGCAGCAAGGAAGUGACCGGACUGACGGGGGCAGCUCAGAAGCCGAGAUGCCGGGCUCUAUCUACAUCCGCAGCAGCGAGAGCAGCAGCAGCAGCAAGAGCAGCAACACCGACAGCGCAAGCAGCUCUGACAGCAGCGACAGCAGCAGCAGCAGCAGCAGCACAUUGCGAAACGCCACAUGCGCCGAAGAGCAGCAACCUGAUGAGGGAGCGCCAUCGGCGGCGGCGGCAGCGGCUUCGCCGCCCCGUUUACCGCAUUUUGAUUAUUGGCGGAGACAACAGCGUUUGCUGCAACGCCCGUUUGACGCUGCUGCUGGGGUCUCGGCAGCUGCUGCUGCGGUGUUUCAGCAGCUACGUGCGCGGCCUUGCUGCUGGCGGGGCGCCUGCUGCUGCUGCUGGUUCCUAUGGGGCUGCAGCAGCAGCAGCAGCAGCAGCAGAUUCGGGAGACGCCCGCAGCAGCAGCCUCGGAUUCACCAGCAGCAGAAGGGCAGAGCAGGGGCUCCUGCAGCAGGCGCUUCGAGUCGAGGAAAUGAUGGGGGGUCAUCCCCACGGAUUUGCUGCUGCUGCUGCUGCAGCUGCUGCUGCUUCUGCUGCUGCUGAUCCAGAGGGACCCACCGACCGCGAGCUGUGGAGGGCGCUGCGCUGGAGAACGCGGGGGCUGCGGGUGCGCCCUCUACCGCGGGUUGUGAGUGUCUCAGAGGGCACUUCUGCAGUGUCUUUGGUGCUGCAGCAGUACCAGCCGCAUGCAGUUGUGCUGCUGCCGCCGCUGCUGCCGUGUGUGCGGCUGCUGGAAAACUACUGUGCCUUUGUUUAUCGGCAGCAGCAAAUCAGGAGAGCCCUUGCUGCCUUUUCUGCUGCACCUGCAGCUGAGGGCAAUGAGAAAGCGGCAGCAGCAGCACCAGCAGCAGCACCAGCAGCAGCACCAGCAGCACCAGGAGCACCAGCGGCGGCCACCGCAGACCCAUGCACAACAGAGUUAGUACCAGCAACGGCAGCAGCGGGGGCUGAAGCAGCAGCAACAGCAGCAGCAAAGAAGACCUGCGCGAGGCUGCUGAAGUGGCUGCAGCAGCAGCGGCUUGUGGGGUCGCAGCUUCGGGUGUAUCUGGUUGCUGCUGCAGAGAGUUUGCUGCUGCAGCAGUACGUACACUCCGUGCAGGAGGAAGCAGCAGCCUGGAGGCACAUUGAGUUCUCAGCGCAGCACCUGCUGCUGGUAACAGAUGAUUUGCUGCUGCUGGCUCCGCAGCGGCUGCUGCGCGAGGAGCUGCUGCAGCAGCUGCAGCCGUGGGGCCCAGAGCGGCUGCGGGCUGCGCCGCACGGCGUUGCAGCGCAGCAGCAGAGCAGCAGCAGCAGCGGCGGCGGAAAGACAGCAGCAGAA